GAAGCCAAGCGAUACGCGGGUAAACAUUUAAAGAAUCUGUGUCAAAGUCGCGCUUCUGGAUGGCAGCGUGUGAGGAGGAGCCUGAAUCCCCGACAGACCAUCUGGAUGUAGCACGAGGCCAGGAGAACGUGCCAGUUAGCGUGUGGCCCCCGGGGGCGGGGCCAGAACCCUUCCAGUACACCCCUGAUCAUGUAGUUGGACCUGGAGCAGACACUGAUCCCUCACAGAUAACCUUUCCUGGAUGCAUCUGUGUCAAAGCGCCCUGUUUCCCUGGAACUUGCUCCUGUCUCCGCCAUGAAGACACCUAUGAUGAUAAUCUGUGCCUUAAACAUACAGGUUCAGAAGCAGAGUAUGCCAAGCCUGUCUUUGAAUGCAAUGUCCUGUGCCAGUGUGCUGACCACUGCAGAAACAGAGUGGUCCAGAGGGGUCUCCAGUUCUACCUGCAGGUGUUCAAAACAGAUAAAAAAGGCUGGGGGCUUCGUACCUUGGAACUUAUACCAAAAGGAAAGUUUGUCUGUGAAUAUGCUGGUGAAGUUUUAGGAUUCUCUGAAGUACAAAGAAGAAUUAGCCUACAAACAAAACAUGACUCAAAUUACAUUAUAGCCAUUAGGGAACAUAUUUACAAUGGACAGAUAAUGGAAACAUUUGUUGACCCUACCUAUAUAGGAAAUAUUGGAAGAUUCCUAAAUCAUUCUUGUGAGCCAAACUUGUUGAUGAUUCCUGUUCGAGUUGACUCAAUGGUACCUAAGUUAGCACUUUUUGCAGCUAAAGACAUUUUGCCAGGAGAAGAACUCUCCUAUGACUAUUCAGGAAGAUUUCUUAACCUAGCAGACAGUGAAGACAUAGAAAGGCCAGAUAAUGGGAAACUAAGAAAACCUUGUUACUGUGGUGCUAAACUGUGCACUGGUUUCCUGCCUUAUGACAGCUCAUUAUACUGCCCCUUAGAAAAGCCGAACAUCAAUUAGGAAUUCUCCUCAGUGAGAAACAAGAGGGAACCAAGCCUGUGUGGCCUCCUGGCUUCUGGGUUCACCUUCUGGGAGCAGUUUGCCCUCCAGGUAAUUCUGCUGUGUAAUGAGCAGUGCUGCCUUCCUGUAAGGGAGGCUACUUGGUUCUCAGCCUUGCCUGCACCUUCAUGCAUAUGUUUAACUCAAGAAUGUGGACAGCCAGAUAACUCAGUGAAUUAAAGUGCCUGCAUAGGCAGACAUAGGGGCAAGGGGUUCAAUCUCCAGCCUGCUG